AAUGCUACUUAAUAAAAUAUUUUAUUCCAAGACAAAUAAAUAACAUAAACAUUUGCAUAUGUUAUAGCCUACCUACUGUAGCAUACAAACAAACAGUCUAAAAUGAGCAGUUGAAGAAAAUCCGUUUAAAUGUCAAAAAGACUUCCUGAAAGUGGGCUCUGUUUUUUCUCUAGCCAAUGCGUAGGUGGACUUCCGAUCCUCGACAUUACUACCUUUAGUUUAAAUUUUGUAUAAAACCCGGGAAUUAAUUUGCGUUCGAUAAACUGGAGGCGGUGACGAAUCAGAUGGCGAUUGGACAUCCUCGUUCCUAACCCUCCCUUUAUAAUUUCCCGAAGAGCGUCCGGGCUGUUAAACACAGAAAGACUCAGCCGCCUCCACAACGCCCUCACACAUACACACACAGACUGCACCGCGCACUUUCGCAUGUGGAUCCAUAACUACAGCAGUGAUUAGAGUUAACAAAAACAACAAAGAGGUUGUUUUGACUACUGACGUGAGGGCGUUUAAUAUGGACUUUUGAUAAUUAUUCGCAAAUCGAAGGACAUACUUUUUCAACUGCAGUCCAUUGCAAAAGCUUAUGAUUUAGACCAGCGAGGUUAUUACGCAUGUGCCCCAACUAGCAAGAGGCUGGGUUGGGUCUUGUGGAACACAUUUUUUUCUUUUUAAUAGCGUUCUUUCUUCUCUAAAAUUGGCUCCCGUACAAACAGCCGCGUUGGAUCCGUCGGCUUACUGCGAGACUCCGGUCUACAACCCGGAUCUCUGCCCUAACAUGAUAGCCGCCCAGGCCAAGCUGGUGUACCAUCUCAACAAAUACUACCAGGAGAAAUGUCAAUCUCGGAAGGCGGCCAUCUCCAAGACCAUCCGGGAGGUGUGCAAGGUGGUCUCGGACGUCUUGAAGGAGGUGGAGGUGCAGGAGCCCCGCUUCAUCAGCUCUCUCAACGAGAUGGACAACCGCUUCGAGGGGCUAGAGGUCAUCUCCCCCACGGAGUUCGAGGUGGUGCUCUACCUCAACCAGAUGGGAGUGUUUAACUUCGUGGAUGAUGGGUCUCUGCCGGGCUGCGCCGUGCUCAAGCUCAGCGACGGCCGCAAGAGGAGCAUGUCUCUCUGGGUAGAAUUCAUCACUGCCUCCGGGUACCUCUCUGCGCGCAAGAUCCGCUCCAGAUUUCAGACCCUAGUGGCGCAGGCAGUGGAUAAAUGCAGCUAUAGAGAUGUUGUCAAAAUGGUGUCAGACACCAGCGAGGUGAAGUUACGCAUCAGAGACAGAUACAUCGUUCAGAUCACCCCGGCUUUCAAAUGCACCGGGAUCUGGCCCCGCAGCGCAGCGCACUGGCCCCUACCGCACAUCCCCUGGCCGGGGCCCAACAGGGUAGCCGAGGUAAAGGCCGAGGGAUUCAACCUUCUCUCUAAAGAGUGCUACUCGUUGAACGGAAAACAAAGUUCGGCAGAGAGCGACGCCUGGGUCCUGCAGUUCGGCGAGGCCGAGAACCGCCUACUCCUGGGAGGCUGCAGGAAGAAAUGUCUGUCGGUUCUCAAGACGUUACGGGACCGGCACCUUGAGCUGCCUGGGACGCCCCUCAACAACUACCACAUGAAGACUCUGGUUUCUUAUGAGUGUGAAAAACAUCCACGGGAGUCUGACUGGGACGAGAACAACCUCGGGGACCGUUUGAACGGGAUUCUAUUGCAGCUUAUUUCGUGUUUGCAGUGCAGGAGGUGUCCCCAUUACUUCCUGCCUACUCUAGACCUGUUCCAGGGGAAACCUCAUUCUGCUCUAGAAAAUGCAGCCAAACAGACCUGGCGACUGGCGAGAGAGAUUCUGACCAACCCCAAAAGCUUGGAGAAACUCUGAGGUAAAUGUGUGUUAUAGUAAAGGAGGGUCAGUGAGAGGCCUGGUGAUGUAUCAAAGGACUAUGGACAGAAAUGAUCACUGCACCCCUGUUUUAUUCACGGUCUUGUAAAAUGUGACUAUCCUCUGACGAUGAAGACGUUUACUCUGAGAUCAUUUUUAUUACAUUUAGUCAAAUAUGACCCUUCUCUUAAUUCUAUUCUGCGAUGUCCUAAUUUAGGAGCAAAUUGUACCAUCAAUCCACAUUCAAGGUUAGGUUACAAUGCAGUGUUAAUCUUUCGUUAUUUCUCUCCAUGCCCACGGUAAUCUAAAUCGUUUAUUUGCUUAAAUGCUUUAAAAUAAAGCCCCCAUACAAGCCUUGACAAAAUAACUGUACAAUUUCUACUGUAAAUACAUUCAUAGGUUGUGAUUCCAGUGGUCUGAAAUUGUGAAUGUUGUUCUGUGACAUGUAAACUUAAGAGCUCAAUUCCACCUUUUAAAGUAAAACGCCUGAACAUUUUUUUUAUUUGGUAGAAAAUAAAUUAGAACGUUAAUUUCAGUGAUAGUCUGCUGUAUCUGUUGUCAGUGGACAUUUUCACAUUUUGAAAGUUUACAUUGUUAUGAUAUUAUCUGUUACGUUAAAAAAAACAUUCCAUAAACAUACUUGAAUUCCUAUUUAAAGUAUACUCGAUCAUUUUUGUUUGUACCUUGAUAACAUGAUAAAACCUGAAAAUAAGAAUAUAUAUAUAAAUACAGUCUAAUUGAAAAGAAAAAAUGCACUUGAAAUACACUGGAUUAUAACAUUUGUGAUCUGAUUUUUUAUUCCUGUCUCUGAUUUAAUUUAAAGAGUUAAUAAAAACGAGCUA